AUCAUUCUUCCGUGACACUGAACAACAAACAUUCUUGAACAAAGUACCAUGGAUAAUUGUGAUGUCAGACGAGUAUUUCAUCCCGUCUCUUUUCAUGAUGAAAUCAUUCAAGGAAGAACUCAAGAACAUGUUCCCCGACAAAGACUCCGUUUUCCACCUCCUUGGACGGUACCUAUUUCAUCCCACAGAACUAGUGUGGGGUCUCAUUACUAGAUACUACCAAGCCUACUUAGCACAAGCUGAUGAUAAGAUUGGCGUUCAGAUUAGAGUGUUUGAUGGACCAUCCUGGCCUCUACAACAUGUAUUUGAUCAGAUAAUUACAUGUACCUCAAUGUGGAAUAUACUACCACCUGUUAUUAAAAAUGGUCAUCGGUCAACAGUCACCAGUUAUCGGGAGAUAAAGAACACGACGAAAGUUGUUCUCGUGACAUCGUUGAAUCCAGGGUACUCCGACGCAAUCCGUUUAAUGUACUCAAUGAAUCCAACAGAGACCGGGGAGGUGAUUCAGGUUCAUCAACCAAGUCAUGAAGUGUUUCAAAAAAUGGAGGAUUUAUUACACUACACAAGGGCAUUGGCAGAAAUUUAUCUUCUUGCUAUGAGUGACACAUUGGUCACAAGUGCAUUGUCAACUUUUGGAUAUGUUGCUCAGGGUUUUGGAGGACUAGAAUCUUGGGUCAUGUAUAAGCCAGAGAAUGAUACAGUUCCUGAUCCCUCAUGUGGAAGAGUCCUUUCCAUGGAGCCUUGCUUUCACCUUCCCCCUUCACAUACAAUAAUGGAG